AUGAAGAGCACUCCCUUGAUCAUCAACUGGCAUGAUCAAAAUGCCCCAAUAUAUUCUGCCCAUUUCGAGCCAGCAGGCAAGGGCCGUCUAGCAACUGCUGGUGGAGAUUCCAACGUCAGGCUCUGGCAGGUCGAGAGGGACGGAGAGGACAGGAAGGUCGAGUACCUGGCCACCCUCUCCAAGCACACACAGGCCGUCAAUGUUGUCCGCUGGUCUCCGAAAAGCGAAACCCUGGCCUCCGCCGGCGAUGAUGGGAACGUCAUCAUAUGGGUGCCCUCCGAGUCCAGCAAUCCGGCCUUUGGCAGCGAUGGCUUCGAUGACAAGGAGAGCUGGCGCACAAAGCACAUGUGUCGGUCAUCUGGCUCCGAGAUAUACGACCUGGCAUGGUCCCCAGAUGGCUCGUACUUCAUCAUUGGGAGCAUGGACAACGUCGCGAGGAUAUACAAUGCUGCUACCGGUACGCUGAUACGCCAGAUCGCCGAGCACAACCACUAUGUCCAAGGCGUGGCAUGGGACCCUCUGAACGAGUAUAUUGCGACCCAGUCAUCUGACCGCUCCGUGCACGUUUACUCCCUGAGGACCAAGGACGGCCAGUAUACGUUGAGCAGUGAAACCGACAAGUGUCCCAAGAUUGCAAGUCACAUGAAGUCUGACCUGCCCCCACGCCGCAUCUCCUCCAGCAGCCCGGCGCCCCCCGACUUUGGCCACCGCGCCCAGCUGUCUGUCAUCGAUGCCGUGCCCUCCGUUGGCCCCGGCCUAACAUCUGGUGCGUCGGUCGGGUCACCGGUGCCGUCCGCCCCUGGCACGCCCACCUCGGUCGCUCUCCCUAUGAAUCCGCCCAGCGUCAUCAGCCACAGUCGAAGGUCCUCUUUCUCUUCGUCCCGUCGAUCCGUCUCUCCGGCCCCCUCGAUGCCCCUGCCUGCCGUCAUGCCGAUGGAAGCUUCGCCUAAGCCCAUCCCAACAAGCACCAACGUCAAGAAUGCUAGUCUCUAUGCCAACGAGACCCUGACCUCUUUCUUCCGGAGGCUGGCCUUCACGCCAGACGGCAGUCUAUUGCUGACACCGGCCGGGCAAUACUCGUCACAGCAGACAUCAACAGAUGGGAAACCACACUACGAAGUUGUCAACACCGUGUACAUCUACACAAGGGGCGGUAUCAACAAACCCCCAACGGCACAUCUGCCCGGGCACAAGAAGCCGUCCGUCUGUGUGCGUUGCUCGCCAAUAUUCUAUGCCCUCAGGACGUCCCCACCUGCCACAAAGCACAUUACCAUCGAUACAUCCUCGUCAGAGGAACCAAUCCCAUCGUUACCAGAACCACUCUCAAAGCCGUCCCCUGCGACGUCUGUCAUGGAUCCACCACCACCACCGUCCUCCGAGCCCAUGGGUAGAAGUCUUAGCACCGCUUCGGAGACAACGUCCACCUCAGCAGGACCGAAGGCGGCUUUCGCACUUCCGUAUAGGAUGGUGUAUGCCGUGGCAACGCAGGAUUCGGUCUUCAUCUAUGACACCCAGCAGCAAACCCCCAUCUGCAUCGUCAGUAAUCUACAUUGUGCCACUUUUACAGACCUUGCAUGGGCGGCCGACGGCACGACCUUGUUCAUCACGUCGUCAGAUGGAUUCUGCUCGACAGUCUCGUUCGCACCCACAGACCUUGGUGAGGUCUACAAGGGCGACAUCUCCGCACACAGGCGCCGUCAGGACAACCCGGACCCUGUGGCAACGCCAUCACAGAACACUCCUGUUCCAACACCAACUUCUCAGUUUGCGCCACCAUCGCCAUUCCCCAACGGCUCCCAACAUCGGCAUCGUGACUCCACGAGCUCCUUCGCGGCACCGUCCCCUCCGCCGGCAGCGGCUUUUGCCAACCAGCGGCCAUCAUCCCCCACCCGAUCCAAUUCUACCUCAUCCGUCAUUACGCAGAGCUCGACAGCACCCCCGCCACCAGGACCGCCUACCCUCGUUGCAGGUAGUGUGCCUGGCCUGACCGCCACCAAUUCUGGCAAGGUGACCGGGGUGCCUAUUGCAACUCCACCUGAAACCCCUCGGAGCACGGCUGGUAGUGUAGCCGGCACAAAGAGGGACCAGAGCGAGAGCGAAAAGGAGGAUUCGGGGUCGCAGCCCAAAAAGAGAAGGGUCGCACCCACGUUGGUCAGCGGGCCCGCCACUGACCCGAAGCCUUGA